AAUUCCAGUGGCUGCAUUCGCGUUGCGUUCAUUUAGCCCAAGUGCCAUUCAGCGACGCUUUCUCGUCUUUGCUUGGCGGGUAAAUCUUUUGGCAUCGACGUGAGAAACUCCAGUAGAGUCAGGCUCCUUUAAUCACAUUACUCUCGCGGAGAUUUUGAGGAGUGCGUGGCAUCUCUCUGGUGAAGUGCAGAAGUGAAGCCUCCCAGCUGAACUACUAUGAGGUCAGAAGCCUUGCUGCUAUAUUUCACACUGCUACACGUCGCUGGGGCUGGUUUCCCAGAAGAUUCUGAGCCAAUCAGUAUUUCGCAUGGCAACUAUACAAAACAGUACCCGGUGUUUGUGGGUCACAAGCCAGGACGGAACGCCACGCAGAGGCACCGGCUGGACAUCCAGCUGAUAAUGAUCAUGAACAGAACGCUCUACGUUGCUGCUAGGGACCAUAUUUAUACUGUUGAUAUGGACACAUCACAUACAGAAGAAAUUUAUUUUAGCAAAAAAUUGACAUGGAAAUCUAGACAAGCUGAUGUAGACACAUGCAGAAUGAAGGGAAAACAUAAGGAUGAGUGUCAUAAUUUUAUUAAGGUUCUCCUAAAAAGAAAUGAGGAUACAUUGUUUAUUUGUGGAACAAAUGCCUUCAACCCUUCCUGCAGGAACUACAAGAUGGAUUCGCUGGAGUUUCUGGGAGAUGAAUUCAGUGGGAUGGCCAGGUGUCCCUAUGAUGCAAAACAUGCUAAUGUUGCAUUGUUUGCAGAGGGAAAGCUGUAUUCUGCCACAGUGACCGACUUCCUUGCAAUAGAUGCUGUCAUAUACCGAAGCCUUGGAGAUAGCCCAACCCUGCGGACAGUGAAACACGACUCAAAAUGGUUGAAAGAACCAUACUUUGUCCAAGCAGUGGACUAUGGCAACUAUAUUUACUUCUUCUUCCGAGAAAUAGCAGUGGAGUACAACAGCAUGGGAAAGGUAGUUUUCCCAAGGGUAGCUCAGGUUUGCAAAAAUGACAUGGGAGGAUCUCAGAGAGUGCUGGAAAAACAGUGGACUUCCUUUCUCAAGGCUCGUUUGAACUGUUCAGUUCCUGGCGAUUCACACUUUUACUUCAACAUACUGCAGGCUGUUACAAAUGUUAUACGUUUCAAUGGCCGGGAUGUUGUUUUAGCAACUUUCUCCACUCCGUAUAACAGCAUCCCUGGCUCUGCAGUCUGUGCCUAUGACAUGCUUGACAUUGCCAAUGUAUUUACUGGGAGAUUCAAAGAACAAAAGUCGCCAGAUUCCACAUGGACACCAGUCCCCGAUGAACGCGUGCCCAAGCCCAGACCAGGUUGCUGUGCUGGCUCUACAUCAUUAGAAAAGUACGUAACCUCUAAUGAGUUCCCGGAUGAUACUCUGAACUUCAUCAAAACGCAUCCACUGAUGGAUGAGGCCGUACCUUCUAUUGUCAACCGACCUUGGUUCCUGAGGACAAUGGUCAGGUACCGCCUGACCAAAAUUGCUGUAGACUCUGCCGCUGGGCCGUAUCAGAACUACACUGUGGUUUUCCUGGGAUCAGAGAAGGGAAUCAUCUUGAAGUUCUUGGCCCGGACAGGAAACAGUGGAUUCCUAAAUGAUAGCCUUUUCCUGGAGGAGAUGAACGUUUACAAUCCUGAAAAGUGCAGUUAUGAUGGAGUGGAAGACAAGCGGAUUAUGGGCAUGCAGCUUGACAAGCAGAGCAGCGCCCUUUAUGUUGCCUUCUCUACCUGUGUCAUAAAGGUUCCCCUGGGACGUUGUGAGCGUCAUGGCAAAUGCAAAAAGGCCUGCAUAGCGUCCAGAGACCCGUACUGCGGCUGGGUGAAGGACAGUGGGGCAUGCACGCAGCUGGUGCUCGGGGCGAAACUGGCAUUUGAACAGGACAUAGAACAUGGCAAUACAGAUGGCCUGGGUGACUGCCAAAAUUCCUUCGUAGCCCUGAAUGACAUUUCAACUGCUUCACCUGAUCAUGAAAUGUCUUACAACAGUGUGUAUGGACACUCCAGUUCACUAGUCCCAAGCACCACCACUUCUGACUCUCGCGCCCGACAGGGUUAUGAUACUAGGGGACGCAUGCUGGAUUGGAAGGAUCCGGUUGGCUCAUCUGAAAAUACAGAUCCAUAUGUGGCAGUUUCAUCCCAUAAUCAUCAAGACAAGAAGGGAGUGAUUCGCGAGAGUUAUCUGAAGGGCCAUGAUCAGCUGGUGCCGGUCACCCUGUUGGCCAUUGCCGUUAUCCUUGCUUUUGUCAUGGGUGCCAUCUUUUCGGGAAUCAUAGUGUACUGCAUCUGCGACCACCGCCGCAGAGACGUGGCUGUCGUGCAGAGGAAGGACAAGGAGCUGACCCACUCCCGCCGCGGCUCCAUGAGCAGUGUUACCAAGCUCAGCGGCCUCUUUGGGGACGCUCAGUCCAAGGAGCCGAAGCCCGAAGCCAUCCUCACGCCCCUGAUGCACAACGGCAAGCUGGCUACCCCGGGCAGCACUGCCAAAAUGUUGAUCAAAGCCGACCAGCACCAUCUGGACUUGGCCGCCCUGCCAACCCCCGAGUCUACUCCAACCCUGCAGCAGAAGAGGAAGCCGAGCCGUGGCAGCAGGGAGUGGGAAAGAAACCAGAACCUCAUCAAUGCCUGCACAAAAGAUAUCCCCCCAAUGGCCUCGCCAGUGAUCCCCACCGACCUGCCUCUCAGGGCUUCUCCCAGCCACAUUCCCAGCGUGGUGGUCCUGCCCAUCUCCCAGCAAGGCUACCAGCACGAGUACGUCGACCAGCCGAAAAUGAGUGAUGUGGCCCAGAUGGCUGUGGAGGACCAGAACGCCACCCUUGAGUACAAAACCAUCAAGGACCAUCUCAGCAGCAAAAGCCCCAACCACGGGGUGAACCUGGUGGAAAACCUGGACAGCAUGCCGCCAAAAGUACCGCAGCGGGAGGCGUCCCUGGGGCCCCCAAGCACCUCGCUGUCACAGAGCGGGCUCAGCAAGCGUCUGGAAAUGCAUUCCUCUGCUUACAGCGUGGACUACAAGAGAAACUACCCUACAAACUCGCUCACCAGAAGCCACCAGACAUCGACCCUCAAGCGCAACAACACCAACUCCUCCAACUCGUCCCACCUCUCCCGAAACCAGAGCUUCGGCAGGGGCGACAACCCGCCGCCCGCCCCGCAGCGAGUGGACUCCAUACAGGUCCACGCUGCCCAGGCACAGGCUGUGACUGUAUCCCGACAGCCUAGCCUCACCGCGUACAACUCGCUCACGAGGCCGGGGCUCAAGCGUACGCCCUCGCUAAAGCCAGACGUUCCUCCCAAGCCUUCCUUCGCCCCGCUCUCCACAUCCAUGAAGCCCAAUGACACAUGCACAUAAUCUCAGUGAGGUUGGGGGUCGGUGGGGAGGGGGGGGAACAGCAAUCAAGCAGAGUUUGCCCUGGAAAGCCAGUGUUCUGGAACUGCGUCGCUCGCUCCUCUGAGAAGAUGGUGGUUGAUAAGCAGAGGAUGUGUUGAUUCUGCUCUCUGGGAAAAGUGGAAUAUUUUUUUAAACCCGAGCCAUAUGGUCCAUGGUCAAAGGUUUGCAAUUGCAGGACUCUCCCCGCCCCACAACCCUCCAGUUCCUUGCUCAAAAGACUAACUCUCCAUCACAAUCAUUGAGCCAAAAGCACACAGAUGAAAAGAUGACUGUGACAUUUCACCCCACUCCCCCACAACUGCACAGUGCAUUCCUAAACUGGGAAA